AUGGACCACCAAGACCCUGAAAAGCUGGGCAAGAUGGAGGCGAAGGACCUCGAGAACUAUCGGGAAGGUCGUUGGGGCGAGGAAUCAGACCAAUCCUCAGUUAACAUCCAACGUGCUGAAGCCGAGUUUCAAGACAUCCGACGAGAACUAAGUAAUAUCUCAGCCCGCCCCUCGUCACCACAUCUUGGUCUGAGCUUGACUCGCUCCAGGAGGCGUGUUGCCGAUGAAGAGAAGGCCCAGAAGGAGGUCGACCCCUCCGAGACAGAAGGCGAACAGGAACACGAUCAUGAGACCAUUGAUCUCGAGGACUACAUCAGGCGUAGUAAUGAACAGAAAGAUGAAUCAGGCAUCCUCAGAAAGAAGGUUGGCGUCUCAUUCCGGGACCUUUCUGUUUCUGGUACUGCCGGGGAGAAAAUGUAUGCGAAGACCCUAAAGGAUGAGAUUGUUGAACUGUUUGGAGGGACUUUUGUCAAUAUGGUUAUGGGGGCCUUGCCUCUUAAGAAACCAGCCUCCAAAGCCAUUAUCCAGGGCUUCAAUGGUGUCGUUAAGCCGAAGGAAAUGCUUCUCGUUCUUGGAAAGCCAGGCUCAGGAAGUUCGACUUUCCUCCGCGCUUUGACCAAUCAGCGACGGCCGUUCACUUCCAUUGGAGGUGAUAUUCACUACUCGGGCCUUCCGUUCGAGUUAGCGAAGGGCAGAUAUCGUGGAGAGAUCUUGUUCAAUGAUGAGGAUGAUAUCCAUUUGCCGACUUUAACGGUCGAACAGACUCUUCGUUUUGCCCUCAAAAUGAAGACGCCAAAAACUCGGAUCCCAGGGACAUCUAAGGCAGCUUUUGUCGAGUCAAUGUUGAACCUGUACGCAUCUAUCUUCGGAAUGAAGCACACACUCAAGACAAUUGUUGGAGGCCCAUGGGUCAGAGGUGUUUCUGGUGGUGAACGCAAGAGAGUCAGUAUCAUGGAAGCUUUGGCUAGCAGAGCUACUAUUAACGCCCACGAUAACUCGACAAGAGGUCUUGACUCCUCCACCGCUAUUGACUACAUUAAAUCCCUCCGAAUCAUGACAACUCUUUCCGAAUCCACUACUAUCGUUACUUUGUACCAGGCUGGUGAAUCUAUCUACCAGGAGUUCGACAAGGUCUGCCUCAUCGAUUCUGGUAGGCAGAUUUACUUUGGUCCCGCACAGGAAGCCCGCGCAUACUUCGAGUCCCUCGGAUACGAAUCCCAGCCCCGUAGCACUACCGCUGACUUCCUUACCUCAAUCACAAAUGCUACUGAGAGAAGGAUUAGAAAGGAUGCGGAGGGUAAGGUUCCUAUUACUCCAGAAGAGCUCGAACUUGCUUUCCGGGAAUCCAAGUACUUCAAACAGGUACAGGCCGAAUUGGACGGAUAUGACCGCGAGCUCCAGGAGGCUGAACCGGCAAAGGUCUUCGAGCAAGCCGUCAAAAAUGAGAAAAAUAGGGGCUCCGGCAGGAAAAGCCCAUUCGUUGUCUCUUUCUUUACUCAAGUCGUCAGCCUUACCCAAAGAGAGUUCCAGCUCAAGUUUCAGGAUCUUACCACUCUCCGCAACUAUAUGAUUAAUGCGAUCUUUUUGGCCCUCAUUCUCGGUGCUUUGUUCUAUGAUAUCCCUAAAGACUCCGCAGGAGCUUUUCUUACUGGUGGCGCCUCUUUCUUUUCUGUGGUUCUUGUUGCUUGGUUACAGUUCGGUGAAGGAUUCCAGGUCCUUGCUAUGAGAAGCGUUGCUUCGAAACAAGUCAACUUCGCCUUCUACCGCCCCGCCGCUCUUCUCAUUGCUCAGAUGUUGGCAGAUAUUCCGGCUAUGACGGCUGCUACUGUUAUCUAUAACAUCAUUGUCUACUUCAUGGUCAGCUUUAAAUCCACCGCUGGAGCCUUCUUCAUCCACUUGUUGUUCUCAUGGACGACAUCUUUUGUUAUCACGACAUUUUAUCGCGCAGUCGCGGCUUGGAGUGGAGAUAUCAAUACUUACGUUCAAUAUGGUAUGGCCGGCCUCAAUGUGUUCGCCUUCUUUGGUGGAUACAUGCAGAGUCGAUUCAAGAUGAGAGGGUGGUAUCGAUGGAUUUCAUAUCUCUCUCCUGUUGCCUACGCCCAAGAAGCCGUCCUCACGAAUCAAUACUCAGGUGGUACUUUGGUUUGCGCUCCAGGGCAGAUCGUACCCCAGGUCCCCGGAGCUUCUUCUGCCAAUCAAGUCUGUGCCAUUCCUGGGUCUACUCCUGGUGAUUUGACAUUCGAUCCAUCUACCUACGCUCAAGUUCAAUUCGGCUUCACUAGUUCCCAUAUUUGGAGAAACUUCGGUAUCUUGAUCGGAUUUUUUGCCUUCUUCUUGUUUGUUGCAAUUGCUGGUGUCGAAGUUCUGGCUAAAGCCGAGAGCGGUGGUGGCCUUACGAAGCAGUACGUUCGCAAAUCUAAGUGGAUGUUCUGGAAGAGCAACAAGGGAGAGUCUUUGCCAACCACCAAGACAUCUAAUAUCGAAUCCGGCCCAUUGACCAAAGUGUCAACCAAGUCCAACCCAUCCGUCUUCACUUUUAAGAAUGUCAACUAUCACGUCUCCGAUAAGCAAUUGCUCCACGACGUUGAAGGUCUUGUCAAACCAGGUGUCCUACUUGCUCUCAUGGGUGCAUCAGGCGCCGGCAAGACGACCCUUCUUGACAACUUGUCUCAAAGGAAGCGUGUUGGUAUUGUUCAAGGUGAUUUGAGAAUCGAUGGACGCCCUCUCCAACCCGAUUUCGGUCGUAAUACUGGAUAUGUUGAGCAGAUGGAUGUCCAUGACGGCACCGCUACUGUCCGUGAAGCUAUUACUUUCUCUGGUACUCUUCGUCAGCCAAAGUCCGUUCCAUUACAGGAAAAGCUCGAUUUCGUCGACAAGGUCAUUACUCUACUAGAGUUGGAUCCAAUUGGCGACGCCCUCAUCUCUGGUUUGAACAUUGAAGAAAAGAAACGUGUUACUAUCGCUGUUGAAUUAGCUGCUCGUCCCGAUACUCUCUUGUUCCUUGAUGAGCCAACCAGCGGUCUUGAUUCAAACGGUGCUCUUUCGAUCGUUCGGUUCCUACGAAAACUCGCCCGCGAGUCUGGUCUCUGCAUUGUCUGUACUAUCCAUCAACCGUCCUCUGUUCUUUUCUCAAACUUCGAUGAGGUUUUGUUGCUUGCUGCGGGUGGCCGUACUGUUUACUUCGGUGAGAUCGGAGAAGAUGGCACUAAGGUUCUCGACUACUAUGCACGCAACGGUGCCAAACCUGCCGCCCAAGAUGCCAACCCAGCCGAAUACAUCCUUGAAACCGUUCGCCCAGGUGGUUCUACCAACUGGUCCGAAGUCUGGAAAGCCUCACCAGAGCGAACUGCCCUUGUCAAAGAUAUCGACAGAACGAAUGCUGAAUUGGUUGCUCUUCCUGCCCCGGACCGUGACGGUGUUCCACCAACCUACGCCAUGCCUCUCUCGAGCCAGACUGUCGAACUUAUGAAGAGAACAUGGCGUAACUACUGGCGUGAUUCUUCGUACAUCUACUCGAAGGUGUUCACCAAUCUCUCUCUCGGUUUGAUGGCUGGUAUUCUAUUCUUCCAGGCUGGUAACAGCAUUAUCGAAAUGCAAGCCAGAGGUUUCUCUACUUUCAUUGCCAUUGUCACUGGCGCUACUCUCGUUACAUCUGUGCAACCGAAGUUCAUGGAACUCAGAGCAUACUACGAAGCACGAGAGCGGAACAGCAAGAUCUACUCUAGCCCUGCCUGGCUUACUGCAAUGACAGUUGCCGAAAUUCCGUAUGCCUUUUUCACCACGGUCUUCUUCUUCCUACCAUACUACUACAUGGUUGGUUUCCCAUCCGACUCCAACGUUGCCGGAUACCAAUAUUUCUUGUUGGUCAUGUACGAAAUCUUCAGUGCACAUAUUGGUAUUGUCAUUGCCGCCAUCUGUCCAAGUUUCGACAUGACCCUGAUUGUCAACCCAUUGUUCUUUGGUCUCACUUUCAGUUUCACUGGUAUCCUUGUCCCAUGGGGCCAACUCGCCAGCGUCUUCCGAUACUUCUUGUACUACGCCAACCCAAUUGCAUAUGCCGCUCGCGGCUUAAUUGGAAACGUUGUGCACGGCGUUGAUGUUAUGUGUUCGCCUCAGGAGCUUGUUACUUUCCAGCCACCUAGCGGGCAGACUUGUGCUCAAUAUGCUGGUGAUUGGUUGUCUAGCACUGUGGGAUACUUUGUUGACAACAAUGCUACAUCGGAUUGCCAAUACUGUCAGUUCAAGAAUGGAGACGAGUAUCUUACCUCAAUCAACAUCAAAUUCGAGGAUCGAUGGGAUUACUUCGGUUAUUUCGUCAUCUUUAUUUUCACCAACAUCGCCUUGAUCUUUAUCUCCUACGCUGUCGUUCGUGACAUCCGCUGGGGUAAAGUUUGGGCUAAGUACUUCGGCAAGAAGCAGGAGUAA